UGAUACCAUAGAGAUAAUUAGAAUGUAGGAAUUCCACAGUUAUUAUCUAUUUUCUCCCAAACGUCAAUUAAUUUUAUUCAACAUUUUCCAGCAGAUUAGUCGUAUCCCGCAGUAGAAUAUUUGAGGCAACAUGGCAACAAUGGCAACGGGGCACGCUUUGUCAGUCUUGGCAAACAAUUCAAUUAAAAAUCCAAUUGAAACACGUACUGGAAAAAACGCAUCGCUUUCAAGACAAGAAUAUUAUAGACAACAAGACCACGGGGACAUUUUCAGUAAGCAUGAAUCAGGGAUUAAAAUGACAGUAAACUCAAACGGUGAUACAGAAUACACGUCUGUUCCCGUUUUCCCACCCAAGGACUUGAAGCAGUUAACCAGUCAGAAUUUAUCUGAUGACGAAUUUUAUGAGAGACUUUCAAAAAUGAAAGAACAUCAAAGAGAGGCUCUUGAAAAAUGUGAAAAAUUGUAUAUGGAGAAGAAAGCUUUGGAAGAAAAGUAUGCUGGCCGUUAUGAUAUUGGUGAUAAUAAUUACACUGCAUUCAUAAAUGAAGAUAUAGAUAUUGACACUGGAACACGCUUAGUGAAUGGAGCACUUAUACGACCGGACCGUAAAUAUGAUAUAAAUGAUUACAGUCCAACGAAAACAUACGACAAUAUAUGCGACAUGUCAUCAAAGCCUCCAAUAGCACCUAGUCCUGCGCGUCCGCCCUCCAGACAAGGAAAAAGACCAUCCCCACCUGCGUAUCCUGUGUCUAAAGAAAUUAAGAAUAAGACAUAUUCUUUUGGAGAUCGUCCAAGGUCUGCGCCUUACCCCUUCAGUGUUGUUCGAUCAAGGAGUUUAGAUGGUGAUAAUGACAGACGUUAUAGUGAUGUAGAAACUGAUGAUGAAGUGUUAGAUAAUGAAGAAAUUAGGUACAUCACUGAUCGUCAAUUAGAAGAAGAGAAUCAGAUUGACCCAGACAGACUAAUCAGAAGUCAAGAGGUUAUUACACCAAGCAAAUUAGAAUUACAGAGAAUUGAGAGUAUGUGGGACAACUUUGCUAUUAAUGACUACAUGCCUCGACAGAGACCCUCGUCGGCUCCAUCCACUAGAAGACAAGAUAGUCAGAAAAAAGCCUCAGAAUGGAGGCAUAAGUUAACAAUCCCCGAACCUUUUAGUAUGACCUUAAGAGAUGAAUCAAAAGAAAAGAAGCAAAGUUCCACUGAAAUACAGGUGAUGCAGGAGAGACUUCAAAAGGAACAAGAAGAAGAAUUAGAAUGCCAGAAAAAAUUCAAAGCCAGGCCAGUCCCUGCCCAUGUGUAUUUACCUCUCUAUGAUGAAAUCAACGAAAAAAAUGAAGCUAAGCGUAGAUAUAUGAGGGAAUAUUCUAAAGAACUUCUUAAAUCUCAGGAAAAGCCUUUUAAUUUUGUGAAAAGAGAACAACAGAAACUUAGUCAGCGGAGAAAUUCUGAACCAAACACUAGAAGUAGAUCCACAAGUUUUAAAAAAUUUAAAGCGAAACCAGUACCAUCUUUUGUGUAUGAAGACACAGUUCCGAGAAAACUUAAAGAAGAAGAAGAGUACAGGAGAUUGAGAAUGUGUAUGAGAUCUGAAGAAUUAUUAAGAGAAGCGUCAUUACCGCCAAGUAUGGCUGCUCGAGAAAAAUCAAAACAGCAAAAAAUUCAAGAGAUGAAAAGGCAGGCAAAAGCACGAAAGCAGUUUAAACCGAAAAUACACAGACACAUACCAGAUUAUGAUGGAAUGUAUCAAAGAUUUCAAAGGGAAAUGAACAGAAAGAAAUUUAUUAGAGAACCAACAGUAGUGGAACCAUUUCGACUAGAAACAAACAGAAUACAGCCAAGUACAGAUAAGAUAUUAAGAGAUAUUGCUAGAGAUGAAGAAGUACUGACAGAAAACCGAUGGCCAUACAGAACACCAAGAGCCAGAACAACUACACCUAGAGGAAUGUACAAGACUUUUUCAGCAUCAAUGGAUUCUAUUCCCGCAAAGAUGACUCGAGCAGCAGAUACUAGAAAUUCUACCAUAAGGCAGAGUCUUGAGAGAUGGAAUGAGGAAGAAAAGCGGCAAAUAGAAGCAGACAGACGUAGAAGGAUUCGUGAAAAUAAACUACGACAAUCUAUAAAAGAAAAAACAGGAAAUAUUGAUAAAAACCAUACUAAUAAAAAUAUUAAAGCCAGAUUAAGGAGUUUCAAGGAAGAUGAAAGAUUACGAGAGGAGCAAUAUCAAGCAGAAAUGGAGGCUAUGAAAGAAAAAGUUCAACAACAACCUAUGUUAUUUGAACGGCAAAGACAGACGAGUGCGAAAAAUAAAGUUAAUAAAAAGUUUACAAACACGCUACGAAGUGUUGGAUUAGAUGAAGAUUUUGUUAAUUCAAGAAGUUCAGCACCAAGUAGUAUUCAUGGUAAUAGAGACUAUGAUGAUGACUAUGAAGAAGACGAGGAUGUUGAUGCUACUUAUGUUAAAACAUCAGAUCGCCAUAGUGAUCAUUAUAGCGAUCGACAUAGUGAUCGUCAUAGUGACUACGAAGAGGAUUAAUCAUAAUGUGAUAAUCCUUUAAUCAACUACCACAAUAUCAUAUAGACUUCUUAGUAAAUGAAUGGUAUGCACUUGGAUCAAAACAUUUUCAGACAGCGAAUGAAAAUAAGAUACUUAAUGUUAAUCUACUAUUAUUAAUCACCUUAUUGUUACUUAAAUAGUUUGCAUUUAUUUUUUAUAAAUAGUAUGCACUUAUCAAAAUAUUUUCUAAGACAGCCAUUGGUAAUGAAAUAUUUUGACAUCUUAAUCAACAUUAAUUCUCAUCAAUAAUCACCCUAUUUUAUGAAUAUUUUGUAUAUAUAAUGUAAGUCAUCACUAUGGUGUAGCCUCCAUUUUGGUAGAUGGGGAAUUGGGGACUUGGGCCUCCAACAUACCUGUUCAUGUAGAGGGGCCACACACAACUCACUCAAAUACUGGUUACUAAUAAUUAAAAAAAUUGUUAUAUUUUAUUGUUGAUUUAUUAUGUAUUUAUAACUACAUGUACUCUAUAAACAUCUAUAACUAUAGCCAUUCUACCUUUUAUAAUCUCUUUAUCUUCCAUUCCAUGGCUAUUUUACCACAUCCACUCAAUGGUUGUUUAUAUCUGUUCUAUCUGUGAUAUUGUUGAUUUUAUUUAUGUGUGUAUCUUUUUAGUUGAUAAUGAUACUGUAAAAUUAGAAAUGACGGAACACAUUAAACCUGUUUAUACCAUGUCUUAUGGUAUUUGCGUGCUAUCAUUUCUAGUUUUACAGUAACAGUUGUCAGUAUUGUUUGUUUUAUUGUAUUUUACUGUAUAUCUUAGAAUUGUAGUAAUAAAUCCAGAUGCCUUA